UCCUGUUUGUUGUUGACGGCUGUACUGCGUUUGAGCUCCGUCACUAUAUUCUUUUCAUUGACUAUUUUUAACUUAAAAAUCUAUUUUAUUCAUCAUCGUUUCCGUUUAUAUAACGUGUGAAUAUAUCCUCUAUUGUAUUCUACAACAAAAACAAUCAGAGCGCCUUGCUAUCACUAGUUUUAUUUGAUCUCCCGGGUCCGCUAUUAGCUUUUAGCCAGUUAGCAUCAGCAAGCGUGGUUGCCGCUAACUGCGCUUACAUUGCUAAUACUCUAUUCACACACAUUACCACUGCUGUACUCACUGUUACUUGCUUUAAUGGCGGAUGAAUGUCUCCACUCUGUGCAGCUCGAGCUCGAGGCCGUGGGGAAGCAGAUUUGCGACCUGGAACAGAGGCAGGCCCAGCUGAGAGAGCGGAGAGCCGCGCUGGAAUCAUCCCGGGCUGACGCUCACAAGUCCGGGGUAAGUAUACAGCGUGCUGUUAACAGUACCACCACGUCUACUCCGUGUGUUUUUCUGCACAGGCCCGGUGCACCCAGGACGCGAUCUUCCCAGAUGUCCUUCACUGCGACGUCGGGACACCACGGACCCUGGGUGCAUCCACAGCGGAGGACGCGAUCCGGGUCCUGGGCGACGACUUCUCCCCCUCCUGCCUUCGAGAUCUCCAUCCAGAACCACUUCACUCCCUUCCGCGAGACAGGACGCGACGCUGUGAUCAUCGGAGACUCCAUCGUCCGAUACGUAAGUGCUACGUUAGCCGAAGGUAAAGUGCACACUCAUUGUUUGCCUGGUGCUCGUGUUCUCGAUGUUUCUGCGCAGAUACCCGCGAUCCUGAAGGACGACGAGAGCCCCAGAGCGGUCGUGCUUCACGGCGGGGUUAACAACACCACGCUGCGGCAGACGGAGACGCUGAAGAGGGACUUCAGGAGCCUGAUCGAGACGGUUCGCAGCACGACGCCCGCGGCGACGAUCGUCAUGUCAGGACCACUGCCCACGUAUCGACGAGGCCACGAAAGGUUCAGUAGACUUUUUGCUUUAAAUGAAUGGUUGUUGUCAUGGUGUAAAGAACAGAAACUGCUUUUUGUUAAUAACUGGAAUCUUUUCUGGGAGCGUCCUAGACUGUUUCGCGCUGAUGGCCUGCACCCCAGCAGAAUUGGAGCGGAGCUGCUCUCUGACAACAUCUCCAGGACACUUCGCUCCAUGUGACUACUCCAGUCUGGAUCCAGAACACCUGAGAAGAGAUGAUGCUGACCCUCAGAGGACCUCAGAUGAUGCUAACCCUGAAUCAACAAACAGAACUAACAAUUAUUGCUAAAUGUGUGACUGAAUCAUAUAAUAACUUAAUUAAUAAUAUUGAUAGUUCAUCGUCUAGCUGACUACGUCUUGUAUUAUUAUUAUUAUUUUUAUUUUUUCUAAAAUCCUGUCAAAUGUGCACAAACUACUAGCUACUACUAAAUAUUGUAGAAACAUAAUUUUCUGUAAAGUUGCUUUGUAACGAUUUGUUUCGUAAAAAGCGCUAUACAAAUAAACUUGAAUUGAAUUGAAUUGAAUUGAAUAUGAAAGAAUUAAUGCCAAACUGGUUUGCAGUAAGUGAAUUUGGUAAUUCUGUUUUUGAAGCACUGGUGAGAUGUUCCCUUUUAUAUUUAGUGGUUAUGCUUGCUAACUGUAGGUGUCAUCAUUUGUAGAAUGUAGAAUUCAGUAAAUCUACUUUAUUUCACUAACUACAACACUGCUUCAGAAUUACUUUUACUCUGAACACACACUAAGAGACGUGACAUGUUAUAUACACAAGUUUUGUAGUGGUCUUGCUGGGGUCAUAUCAGCACACAAAUACAACAAGUGCUGGUUCACCAGCAUCCCAACAUGCACAACAUACCUUAUACUGGUCUACCAGCACACCUGCUUACCAUGCUGGGAACCAGCAAACCAGUAACCAGCAUCACAUGCUGGACCCAGCAUGCAAAACAUACCUUAUGCUGGUGACCAGCAAGGAUGAUGUUUCAGCAGGACUAUCAAACAGACUGGUUUCACCAAAUAGUCAGUGUCUAACAAGGAUGCAAUUUCUCUCCAGAUUUCUUUCACACUUGUCUGCAGUAUGUUAUACAAGACACACUCUGGAAAGCCACAGAGCAUGUGUAAAUGCCAGAACAAUUCACAUGUGUUUUGUCAAUGAUAUUGGUCUCUUUACAUAACUACGUAGACACGCUCAGGUCCUUUUUCGACAGAGUCAACAAGUUCAGCUCAAAGUAUGGGCAAGGGGUAAGUGACUUCAAAAUGAAGUGGAAGCAGCUAACAAAGAUAUGUAUCAGUGCCUCAUUCGACUGCUCAAGGGUCAUCUGCAAUCUUGUA